CAUUUUGAAAAGCAUUCGUAGAAGUCGCUGGCCUUCUUGCCCGCAAAGCUGAGAUGGAAGGGGAAUUUGUGAAAGUCAGAAAGAGAGCUUUGGAAAGACUGACAACUGAAGUGAUGCAAAUGCAUGACAUUUUGCCCAAAAUAUUGAAUGGUGAUAUCAUAGAGAAUUUUCAGAAAUUAGAUGCUGUUGAAGCAAUUGUAGAAAAGAAAGAUCUUGAACUGGAGCAAUUAAGAAUGGAUUGUGAACACUAUAAAGCCCGCUUUGAAGCAGCCCAAGCAGACUGUAUGAAAGAAAGAAAGGGAAAAAUAACUGCUAUACAGCAGUUGCAUGAGGCAAAGCAACAAUUACUGCAACAAGCUGAAUACUGUACAGAAAUGGGCGCUGCAGUGUGUACAUUGUUAUGGAGUGUCUCUAGCAAUGAAGAUGCAGUCAAAACUAUCCUAGGAAGUAGUAAAGCUGUAAAAUUUUUUAAUAUUGCUGGCCAGACAAUGGAGAGUUUUGUGCGAUCAUUAACUGAAGAUAUGAAACAGCAGGAUUUGGAUUCUGAUGAAAGUCAGUUUGUGUUAGGUUUGGCGGGAAUCAUUACAAAUGUUGCAGCUUUAGCAUGUGGUCGUGAAUUCCUGAUUAAUUCAAGUCAAGUAUUGUUGGAUACAACAAUGCAGCUUCUAGGAGACAUGAAGCCAGGAUGCUGCACCAAACUGAAAGUGCUGAUGCUGAUGUCCUUAUACAACGUUAGUAUCAAUGUGAAAGGGUUGAAUUACAUCAGUGAAAGUGCAGGGUUCUUCCCAUUACUCUGGUGGCUACUGAAUGAUCCAGAUCCAGAAGUAUGUCUUCAAGUUCUGCGCCUUCUCCAGUCAGUGAUUUUGGAGCCAGAAAUUUUAACCAAGUCAGCUCCUGAAAUGCGUGACUCCUUGCCACUUCCACGUAUCCUUAUGCUAUCAAAGAGUCGCAAUGCAGAUCUACAAAUCCUCGCCCAAGAAUUGCUUGAGGACCUUAAAGUAUUAGAUUGUGAAAAGUAAGGUUGUGUGCUGUAACAAUUUGCAACAUGGUGUACAUGCAUAGCAAAUAAUCUACUGUGUGUACUUCGGUAUGUGUAUGUGAUCACUAUUCCAGCAGAAAAGGAAGUAAAAUGCACCACAAACAGCACACAUCAUGCUUUCCAGCUAGACAUGUACCAGACCACCACAAAUAAUGACUCUGCAAAUAAUCUGAUUUCAUCAGAAAGCUUUGUAAAGGUUAAGUUAAAAAAUAGUAACCAUUACUUAUAAUAGGUUUUUGUUUUGGGGUUUUUUGUUUUUUGCGUCCCAUCACUAGCUUGUUAGGGGUAAAAUCAAGCAAUUUUUCAUUGGAUUCAUUUUCAUGCCUUAAGAGUAGCAACCUGAUCUUUUGGACUACAGCUUCAAUAGUAUCUUGUAAGUGGUUGGGUUGUGUUGAGUUGAUGUAAAAUGUGUGAAGAAUACCAGGUUGCCUACUUCUAUUCCACUCCUGUCAGAUUGAGAAUAGCCUUUAAUGUCCCUUCUUUUGGUAUCAAAAGAGAAGUGCUUAAUUUCAAAUUCUAAUAAAUGAGAAAGAACCCCAAUAAUUUAACUUUAUUUUUCAUUCAAUUUUUGCAAAUUAAAUUAGCAACAGCCCCCGCCCUCCCCCCCCAGGUCUGAGCGCCUGUGGCCAGAGAGCCCUUUGUAUUUCUUGGCUGCCAUGGGCUUACUUAGGGGUGGUAAAGAUGAAGGGAGGGAUCCCUUUUUUGUAAGGGAUCAACUGGGGAGCAGUGUCUCCUCUGUUCCAGCCACUACUGCUUUUCUGUGGUCCCCAUCUUCCCUGAAAAGCGCACCAGUGGCUCCUCCUGUGCUACUCUGAGCAGAGUAGCGGUGGUGACCAGUGGGUACCAAUGGUAAAGAAGCAGUGCCACGGCUGCUACUCUGGGCUCACCUCUGCCAUCAUCAUCCCCCCUCAGGGUAGCUCAUGUGAAGCAUUGACUGGCCCUUACUCGCCUAGUGCUUCUAUCCUAUGCUGCAGAACAUAAAAUAUGUUUAAGCGGAGGCCGGUAUCAAUUACAGCCCUGUAAGGCCGAUGGAUCCCAGCAUGUAGUCAAUACUGACAUUGGGCCUGAUUAUCAGCAGGGUCAAAGAUUCCAUGAAUAUGAAGAUCUGUGAGUGACAUUCACAUUAAGAAACUUAACACAUUUUGACUAUGCUUUGCUAGAAUGAGCAGAGAGCUACUGACCUUCCACAUAAAUCUGCUGCCUUUGUACACUUUCUUGUACUCUGAUAGUAUAUUGUCUAAAGUUACAACGCAGCCCUCACUGGGGCCGGGGCCAGGUGCUGUAGUUUUAAUGUGGAACAUCUUGCCAUUAGUAUCUUGAUCUACUCCCCUCUGUUAUCUCUGACCGGAGAGCACCUCCCUUCUUGCACUAUAAACCCACUUUUGUUUGUGUGAUGUAGAGACGCUGCCAUUUUCCUAACUCACUAUUUCACAGCUUUAAAUUUUUGAUCCCCAGUGAUGUGAUGGAUGGCUAUUACAGUGAUUAAUUUAUGGGCAGGAUUAAUUACGAUGGUCUGUCCACUAAAUGUCAUUCUUCCUUGUGUGCUUGUCUUUCUGAGUGAGAAAUUACAUGUGUGGAGGGCAGAGGACACCACAGAAUUAACAAAUAACGAAUGGGUACCAGACCAUGAUCAUUCUUCCUAGCCCUGCUGCACUUCUCUCAAUUGAAAACCCUUCAUGUAAUACUUUAUGGUACUAUACUUCCUAAUACACAUACCCUAUAGUUUCAUUUUGACUCUGCCAGUUAUUUGUGCAUUUUUAGGAACUCUUGUAAUCCUUAAAACAUUUUAAGUUAAGCUAUUUUAGUACAUUCCAAUGUUCUUGUGUGAUUAAUUGCAGCUUCUGAAUCUCAGAUAUUAUAAAAGUUGCAAACUUGGUGAAGAUACAGUUACAUUGAGAAAAACUUGUGUUCUUAAGCCUGUUUUUAUGGAAAAUGCAACAUAGUUCUUAAUGUAUGAAAAUGUACUGCUGUUAGUAAUUGUAUCUCUUUAUUCCAGAAAUUUUAAUGCUUCCCCCAGUCAUAAUGAGUGAUCAUUUGUACUUUAAACCAUUAGAGGCUGAAGAGGUAAUGGGGUGAAUUAAACUACAUCUGGUUAUGUGUAAGCUACAUUUGUCUCUUAAUCUUUCAGAUGAUUUAAAUAUGGUGUUCAUUAA